AUGAUGUCAAAUAUUUUAAAACAAAUUAAUAAAACCAAUUACUUUAAAGUAUUACAAAGUAAUGUUUUAAAUAAAACUAGAUUAUAUACAACCUCAAGAUUUAAUAAUGAAAAAAAUGAAGAGUCAAAAGGAUUUCAAUUCAAAAGUGAAAAAGUGAAAAAUGAAAAUAAUAAUAAUAAUAAAAAAAAUAAUAAAAAUAAUAAUAAUAAUAUAAUAAUUUAUAGUUUUUCAAUUGGUGGAAUUUUUAAUUCUUUAGGAAAUAAUAAUAAAAAUGAAGAAAUUGAAAACCCAUAUGGUAAUAUUUCAAAUAGAAUUAUUGGUAAGAAUAUAGAAACAUUUGAAGAAGCCUUAGAUUGGUAUACUCGUUAUUAUAUUCAACCAGAACCAGAGCAAUUUUUAGUUGCAAUGAAAUUAUUAUUAGGUAAACAAUCUAAAACAUUUGUAAGACAACAAUUGAAUAAUAUUAAAGAGGAAUCAGAUAUGAAAUCCAUUGCAAGAAUUUCAACUAUUCAAUCAUUUUAUUAUUUACCAUUGGUUGGUUUUAUGAUUGAAAUGUUUAGACAAAAUCCAAAACAAGUUGAAAAAUGGUACAAAGAGUUAACAAGUGAUAAGGAGAUUUCAACACCAAUAAAGAGUGGAUUAGGUGAUUUGGAUGCUGUUAUGUUGAUUAAUUUAGCUGUACUUUUAGCUGAAACUCCAACUACCAUUGCAUUGGAAUCUAAAAUAUUAUCAAACUAUUACAAUGAUAAAGAUACCGCAGAAUCAAAGAAAUUAAAAGCUGAAAAGUUUAAAGGUUGGGCUGUAGCUCAAAAGAAAUCAAUCUCAUCUUUACCUUUAAUUCUCAUUGGUGAAUAUUUCGCUUCUGGUAAGGAGGAUCUCGUUAAACAAGUAUCUUCCAUUUGGAGAAGUUCUUUAGAUAACUUGGAAGUUAUGGGAAUUCAAAAUACUGAACAAGCAAAUACUCAAAAUAAUGUUGCAAAACGUUUAGAAUUUCAAAAUCGUGAAUUAAUCAUUGAACAAUUAAAUCAAGCAAUUCGUCUUUUAUCAAAAGAUCAACGUGCUCUUAAUGUUUUAAAAACUGAAGUUGAACAUCAAAUUAAAGAAAAAGAAGAAAGAAUUAAACAAUAUAAAUAA